AUGGGGGUCUUGCCAGAGCUCGAGGAGGGAGGGGAUAUUUUAAUGGCCGUCAGUAGCACUACACAAUGCAAAAAGUCCGGAUUAUCCACUAAAUUUAGACUAUACUAGUUACGGUUUCGUUUUGGCCGCUUCUCUUUGGCAACGAGCUUUGCAUUUGAGACAAAUUGGAGUUGGAUAUGUGUUUCUUGUGUAGUUUAAACGCACUUUACCCGCUUAAUUUGUGAGCGAGUGGGAGAUCAGGCCUAGCCGGCUGGCUAAAAAACAAGCGGACGUUAAGCUAGUCGCCGGAGUUGAAAGGGAAUAUGUAACAUAAAGCAACCAACAUGACAUCCAGAUUCGGUAAAACAUACAACCGCAAGGGAGGGGAGGCUAAUUCGAAAUUUGACGAGGUCUUCAACAAUAAAAAGCCCACACUGACCACCAAAUGGGGGGAGACUACCUACAAGGCUCAGUUGGGGGCCAAAAGGCCUAUUUUAAAACCUGACGUUUCUGAGCUUUCCAAGAGGCCAAGGCUUGAGGACAGCGACAGUGACGAAGACCCAUUUGGGUUUGACAGUGAUGAUGAGUCCAAGAAUGCGCCUCACAGCGUGUCCCAGUCAGAAGUCAAUAAAGGGGCCUUAUCAAAGACGACCGCAGUGCAGGGUGGUGGGACUGCCACAGUUGUUGCUUCUGCACUGGGCUCUGCGAGCGCAACAGCCACAUUCACAUCCAAGCAAACAACUGAAGAGAGAGUUGUUAAAAAUAACCAGACCUGGUACAAAAGUACAUCAGAUGGCAACCAAAAACCUGCAUGCAAGGCCUCUUUGUCAAACACAGUCCCCUCUGGUAAUCAGAACUACUCAGCGCCCCAGAGGCCCAUCUCCUCCUCUCUUAAUGUAGUCCCCCAUCUUAAACUGUCCACUAAUGUACCAGGUGGUAGCAGAGACUUCCAAACCCCUUCCUCUUCUGAUGGACUGCCAUUGGAAGACAUGAAAAGUGCAGAGUCUCCACCACAAGUGGUUGACACCAUUCCCCCAUCCCCAUUUAUCCUGAGGGCAUCAAACUGCAAGAAAUACCAGCGACCCACCAAGCCUAACAAAACGUCCUCUGAACCUGCUGAAAACAACAGCAAGCCCACUGAAACAGCGAAUGCCCAAGAUAAACCCAACAGUGUCCUUUCUGCUAACGCAAGUAGUACUGCUGCCAAAGCUAAAACAGCAGCCAAGCCCGCAGGCAGAGGCGGUGGGAGGGUACGGGACUACACGGUUUUGCACCCUUCCUGUCUGUCAGUGUGUAACGUCACCAUCCAGGACUCGAUUGAGCGAAGCAUUGAUGAACUGGUCACCCCAGCUGCCCCUGCUGACCUUGGAGACGCAGGCCAGAUGAAGAAGAAGUCAGACGCUCCCCCACCGAAACCCUCCAGGUUCAGACCCACCCAGACAAAGACCAAGAAGACCAAGGCUGAGACCAAGCUAGAGUUUUUUGGCUUUGAGGACAAAGAGGACCAGGGGGGCGAGGAGGGUCCAGAAGGUGGCAAGAGUAACUACAAGAUCAAGUACUUUGGCUUUGACGACCUGAGUGAGAGUGACAGCGACGAGGAGAGCUCUCAGGCCAAAGAGAAAAAAGCCAAGAAGGCGGCUGCAGCCUUAGCUGCUCUGAGCUCCGGUGUGGACAGCCCUCAUACCAGUGACUCUCAGGACAGCCAGGCCAGCAGCAAUACAGAAUCUUUUGACUUCUCUGAUGACUCCAGUCCUGGCGGCAUUGAGGGACAGAAAGGACGCUCAGGGAAGGCAAGUGAUAAAUCCAAGGACUCAGGCAGUGGACUCAAAAAGAUCUUCAGUGGACCCAAGAAGUCCCCUGCUAAAGCUGUGUACAACGCUCGCCACUGGAACCAACCUGAGCCUGAAGAGAUACCUGUGCCUCCACUUUCUCGGUCUCAAACUGCUCCGGCUAUUUUAUCGAGCAGCAGCAAGGACAGCAACUCCCAUAAAGAUGAUGGCUUGUUCAAAGCCCCUCCACCACCGCCCAAAGUCAUUAAGUCGGAGACCAUCCCCACGCGACUCAACCAGGAUAUUGUCACUGCACUCAAAUGCAGGAAGGAGCACAAGGAGCUGUACACGGUGGUGCAGCAUGUGAAGCACUUCAAUGACGUGGUGGAGUUUGGAGAGAAUCAAGAGUUCACAGAUGAUUUUGAGUACCUGGAGACGGGGUUGAAGAGCAGCCAGCCACUCAACACAAGAUGCCUUAGUAUAAUCAGCCUGGCCACACGGUGUGCCAUGCCCGGUUUCAGGAUGCACCUGCGGGCCAGAGGGAAAGUGGCGCAAGUCUUCAAAAUGCUCAGUGAUGCUCCACAACACCCGAACCUUGGUCUGUGUACGGCUUCCCUGAUGUACAUUCUCAGUCGGGAUCGUCUUAACAUGGAUCUGGACAGAGCCUGUCUGGAGCUUAUGAUCAAGCUGCUGGAGUUGGACCAGGACUACUCGGCCACCAGGAUCAGCUCACCUGCAAAGGAAGUGGAAAAGGUCAAGGAGAAGAUCAGGAAGCUGUGUGAGACGGUGCAUAACAAGCACCUCGACUUGGAAAACAUCACGACGGGCCACCUUGCCAUGGAGACACUGCUCUCUCUCACCUCCAAGAGAGCUGGGGAUUGGUUCAAAGAAGAACUUCGACUUCUGGGCGGUUUGGACCAUAUCAUAGACAAAGUCAAAGAGUGUGUGCAGAACCUGAGCCAAGAGGAUGACAAGGAGAACCUUGUUGCAUCUUUAUGGGGAGCUGAGAGGUGUCUGAGAGUGCUUGAAAGUGUGACAGUGCAGAACCCAGAGAACCAGGGUUACUUGAUUGCCUACAAAGACUCGCAACUAAUCGUCUCCUCUGCCAGAGCUCUGCGGUACUGUGAGGACAUGAUUCAGCGAUACAGCCGGGCUUUAAACAACAGCUCUCUGUCAUUGUCGGGUGCAACGCUGCCCCACUGCAGCUUCAGUAACGUGGGCAAGGCUGUGGAGGACUGCAUGAGGGCCAUCAUAGGAGUGCUGCUCAACCUUACCCACGACAAUGAGUGGGGAAGCACCAAGACAGGCGAGCAAGAACAGCUGACCACAACUGCUCUGAACUGCGUCCUCAGAGUUCCACGCUACAUACCACAGGAGCAGCGCUUCGACGUGCGAGUACUGGGUCUGGGUCUACUGAUUAACCUUGUGGAGUACAGCUCCAGAAACCGCCACUGUCUGGUGGACAUGGAGUUCAUCGUCGACGACACCUGUCUGGAAGACAGCCUGAUGCAGCCUGCUGAUCCAACACAAUCGGACACAGCGGCAGCGUCAGCUCCGCCAAGCACAGCUGAGACUCAGGAAGACGUGACCGUCAAGCCCAAGCCCUCCGGUGCUUUGGCUGCCCUGGUGCAGCUUUUCCUUGAGAGGGAACGCGCCGCCAUCCUGGCUGAGGCGAAGACCGAUGACCUCAUCAGCGAGGCACCCAAGCCGGCACCGGACAAAAGCGGAGAGUGGAAGGAGACGUCGGGAGAGAUACAGUGGGUGGCGGCCGAAAACAACGACAGCCAAACGGAGGAGAAGAAAGAGGAUGAGAAGAAGGAGGAAGAGGAUGAAGAGUUGGAUCUAAAUAAAGCUCUGCAGCAUGCAGGCAAGCAUAUGGAGGACAGUAUUGUUGCCUCCUACACGGCUCUACUGCUGGGCUGCCUCUGCCAGGGAAGCCAGAAAAAUGUGACUACUGUGAGAGAGAAUCUACCGAAGGGGGAUUUCUCCAUCAUGACAGAAAUGCUGAAGAAGUUCUUGAGUUUCAUGAACCUCACUUGUGCGAUGGGCACCACGGGACAGAAGUCUAUCACGCGGGUCAUCGACUACCUGGAGCACUGUUAACAGACAGCCAGAAAGGGAACUCACACUCUGCACAUAAAAAGGGAUCCCAGGCUAUUCUGGUGCCCCGUACCCGACAGGAGCCACAGGGGGGGGGGGGGGGGGGGGGUCAUUGGAGACUCUGCGGCAUUCCUUUGACUUCCCCAGAUCACCCAAUGCUGCCAUCACUCUGAGUUGUUACCGAUAAAAGGUGUGUUGAACAAGCAAAUGUAAAAGUUUCACUCCCUCUCUGGAGCACAGCCUGAACCAAAGCCCUGCUAGCUGACAGACACGCAGAUUCCUUCAGUUCCACUCCACUAGCGCCACAUUCAGAGUCAGAAGAUUCAUCCUCAGGUCACUGGGAAUCGGGCAGAGGCUUAAGUUUCAAAAAUACUCAAAUCUGAAAAUGGACUCAAAGCAAGACCUCUUUUUGUUUUUCUUUAUAAACGUCCCAAACGGUUCGACAGUCUCAGUCUCCUGAACCGCUGCCCGCUCUCGAUUCCUGGUCACCGAGCUUGAGUGUGAAGCUCUGAAUCAAAUGUUCUGGAUCAUUACAUUUUAAUCUCAUCCACAUCAAAGCCAAGGAUGAAAUCAUUGCUUAGCAUGAAAAACAAUCAUUUUCAUGGCUGUCAGAAUGAUGUCUCUGUGUAAACGUGUGUGGAAUGAUUUUGAAUGCAUACAUCCAUUUACCUAAAUGUUUGCAGUUGGUUUGAAUGUUUAAGGGAAGGAGAGUAUUUUUAAUCUUUGAUUUUUAUGUUUUUGUUGUGCCCGUUACUUUUGUAAAGCGUGCGAGUUAGCGAGUCGCGUAGGCGUUCUCUUAUGUUUUUUUUAGAUUUUUCCUUGAGGGCAUUUUUUUUCUCACCCAAAUUAUGAACUACUUAAGACGGGACGGUGGGACAUGCCGACUUUGAUGGGAUGUUUUUUAUUUGACUGAUAAUGGCACUUGGAAAUAACGCGCUAUGAUUAAUUUGAGGUUUCCUUCGCACCCGUUAUCAAUUUGGUCACAUUUAUUUGUUUAUUAGCUCAUUUAAAUUCAAAUUAAAUCAAGAGUAUGUAAUUACAGUAUGCAUUGAAACUCACAGGUAUAACAGAUGUGAUGAAUUACUCAACAAAUUGAUGGUUGUGCUUCCUUUUUAUGAAUUUGUAAUGAAGUUUAAUUUUUAAAAAUGUAUUUAAUUUAAUGCUUUCUCCUCCUUUUGUAAAUGCAACGUUUUUACCUAGUGAGAUGCCGUUUGUGUCUAAAGUUUCCACGUCAUGUUUCAUUAAAGAUAUAUCCCAUGUGACACAGCUCAGUGGCUGGACAUAAUUACAUGGAUGUGACGGAUUUAGCGGAGUUAUGGUUUUUGGCUUAAAUACGCAAUUUUCACAAAUUUCAUAAAAACUUGCUGCAUAAAAAAAAAAAAAAAAAUGGGGAAAGUCAUUUUUAUUCUCAUGUUAAUGGACGUUGGGGAUUUCCAGAUGGCGACACAUUCUGUAUGUCCAGCCACAUGUAGCGUCAUGUUUGUACUCAUUGUAUCAUGAUGUCUCUGCAUUGGACAACUUUCAUUAAGCUCCCAUUUAUUUAUUAUUUUGGUGUCAUUUUUACUUGUAAUGAUGCACAUGAACCUUCAAAACGCCUCUGUCUUGUACUGCUCAUAUGUACGAUCACUGAUUUGAAUGACAGCCAUACCUGUAUAAGCAGAUUAGUUGUAUCUGGUUUGUAGGGCUGCAGUGAACAUAGUUGCAACUUUGUUUACUGUUUAAUUACUUUGCAAAACUCUGGUCUGAAUGGGAUUUCAGAAUGUAAAUACUCCUGUAAAUAGCGGUUAAUGGACAUUUAAAAAUGCUUAGACUACUUUUUUCCCUGAAGCUGAUAUUUUUAUUUUAUACAAUAUUUCUGGGUUGUCAUUUGGAAAAACAAAAAUCGCAGGAAGUGGAGAAAAAAAAUGUUUGUACUCGUUUCAAGGACACUGUCUUUGCUUACAUGUAAAUAGUUGUAUCUCAAAAAGAAAAAAAAAGUUGCUACUUUCAAUACA